ACACACCCAACCUUGAUUGCAGCAUACAGAAUACUGGAGAGUAGGUAAAAGGACAAAAGCAAAAAGCAUUUCAACAUGAGGGACCCACUGACAGAUUGUUCGUAUAAUAAAGUAUACAAGAGCCUAAAGGAGUUUGCUCAAAAUGGAGAGAAUUUCUGCAAGCAGAUCACAUCUGUUCUUCAGCAAAGGGCCAACCUGGAGAUUAGCUAUGCCAAAGGACUUCAGAAACUGGCAGUCAAACUGAACAAAGCAUUACAGAGCACAAAGAAAAACUGUCUCAGCAGUGCCUGGGCCUGGGCCUCAGAAGGCAUGAAGUCUGCUGCAGAACUGCAUCAGAAACUUGGCAAAGCAAUUGAGUUGGAAGCAAUAAAACCAACUCAUCAAGUCCUGAAUCUGCAAGAGAAGAAGAAAAAAUCACUUGAUAAUGAAGUUGAAAAGACCGCAAGUCUUGUUAUUAACAACUGGAAUCAACAAAUUAAGGCUAAGAAAAAAUUAAUGGUGAGUACCAAGAAGCAUGAAGCACUUUUCCAUCUUGUAGAAAGUUCUAAGCAAUCUGUGACCAAGAAGGAGAAGCAAAAGCUCCUCAAUAAACUCAAAAAAUCAACUGAGAAGUUACAAAAGGAAGAUGAAAACUACUACCAAAAAAACAUGGCAGGCUAUUCUACUAGAAUAAAAUGGGAAAACACACUAGAAAACUGCUACAAGAGCAUCUUGGAGCUGGAAAAGGAAAGAAUUCAACUUUUAUGUAACAACUUAAACCAGUACAGCCAACAUAUUUCUCUUUUUGGCCAAACCCUGACCACGUGUCACACACAGAUUCACUGCGCCAUCAGCAAGGUUGAUGUUGAAAAAGAUAUCCAGGCUCUAAUGGAAGAAACUGCAGUUUUAUCUACAGAAAACAAAUCAGAGUUCCUACUGACUGAUUACUUUGAAGAAGAUCCUAACAAUGCAAUGGAUAAAGAGAGACGGAAGUCUUUACUAAAGCCAAAAUUGUUGAGACUGCAGAAAGACAUUGAAAAGGCCUCAAGAGACAAGCAAGGCCUGGAACAAAUGCUUAAUGCAUACUCUAACAACUCCUUCUCCGAUGCAAAGAGCCAGAAAGAUACAGCAGCAUUAAUGGAUGAGAACAACUUGAAACUAGACCUUUUGCAAGCAAACUCCUAUAAACUGGCAUCAGUAUUAGCAGAACUUGAGCAAAGACCUAAACCCAGCCAUGCAUGUAGCACCUCCAUCUUCAAAUGGAAGGAGAAGGAGCAUACCCACACUUAUGUAAAAAUAUCCCGGCCUUUUUUGAUGAAGAGGUUAGAGAGUGCUGCGAGCAGGGCAUCUUCCAGCGGCCAGACCACUCGGAGUUCUCCAUCUUCAGCCUCUGGUGCGACCCAGCCCGGCAACAGUCUUUGCAAGGCCUUAUAUCCUUUUCAAGCCAGGCAAGAUGAUGAGUUGAAUUUGGAAAAAGGAGACAUUGUGACUCUACAUGAGAAGAAAGAAGAUGGAUGGUGGUUUGGAUGUUUAAAUGGAAAAAAGGGUCAUUUUCCUGCUGCUUAUGUGGAGGAGCUACCUUUGAAGUCUGGGAACACAGCUACUCAGGCAUAAAACAAGACUAACACACUGCCUUACACACUCUGCAAACUAUAUAAUG